GGAGUCUGGGGUUCUCGGGUUGAGGCUGUUCUGCAGCGUGAAUUCUGCCGCUCACUUCGGGUCCCCGGCUUUGCUCGGGUCGGGCACCGGGAUCCGUCAUGAACCGAUGCGCCGAGGCCGCAGCGGUGGCGGCUACUGUGCCGGGUUCGGGCGUCGGGGACGCCGGGCUACGACCACCCAUGGUACCCCGCCAGGCGUCCUUCUUCCCGCCGCCGGUGCCCAACCCCUUCGUCCAGCAGACGAGAAUCAGUGCGGCCCGACGGCUGCAGAUGAUUCUUCUUGGAAUUAUUCUGCUUCCAGUCCGAGCUCUACUGGUUGGAUUAAUUUUGCUACUGGCAUGGCCAUUUGCUGUAAUUUCAACAGCAUGCUGCCCUGAAAAGCUGACCCAUCCAAUAAGCGAUUGGAGGAGGAAGAUCACUCAGCCUGCCUUGAAGUUCCUGGGCCGUGCCAUGUUCUUCUCAAUGGGGUUUACGGUUACCGUGAAAGGAAAGGUUGCAAGCCCCCUGGAAGCCCCCAUUUUUGUCGUUGCUCCUCAUUCCACGUUCUUCGACGGGAUUGCCUGUGUAGUAGCUGGGCUGCCUUCUCUGGUGUCACGGAACGAGAAUGCACAGACCCCUCUGGCUGGCAGAUUGUUACGGGCUUUGCAGCCAGUUUUGGUAUCCCGCCUUGACCCGGAUUCCAGAAAAAACACAAUCAAUGAAAUAAAAAGGAGAGCGACUUCUGGGGGGGAGUGGCCCCAGAUACUAGUUUUCCCAGAAGGUACUUGUACUAAUCGCUCCUGUUUGAUUACUUUUAAACCAGGAGCCUUCAUCCCAGGAGUUCCAGUGCAGCCCGUCCUCCUCAGAUAUCCGAACAAGCUGGAUACUGUGACCUGGACAUGGCAAGGAUAUACAUUCAUCCAGCUGUGUGUGCUCACCUUCUGCCAACUCUUCACAAAGGUGGAAAUUGAGUUUAUGCCUGUUCAAGCACCAAGCGAGGAAGAAAAGAAUGAUCCUGUCCUUUUUGCCAGUAGAGUCCGGAAUUUAAUGGCAGAGUAA